CGCGUCCGGCGAUUGUGAGUUCUGACCUCCACGUCAACCCACGACGCAAGCGCAGUCUGGACCCCAACCUUCAGAACAACAUCAACCAGCAGGCCCACCACAACAAAAACCGGCAAAUGCAGCAACAGCGUCACCUUCGGCGCAAAUUCAUGACGGAGACCGUGCGAGGAAUGGGGGCUCCACUGCUACUGUUGGGGGGCAGCCAGGCAGUGCGGUGGGUUCCACCGGAAGUCAGGAGCAAUCGGCGGAAGGCCCUCAAAAAACACCAACGCCGUCGGUUGGCACUGCGGUUUCGUCAGCAAAGACAACAAACGGGGCAGCAGAUGCACCCGAAGGUACACAAACACCUUCAAACCCCCAAGGCCGAUCUGCCACGCCCAACGCCACCACUCCCGCCAGCGACAAUGAUGGAGCCGCCACCACGACGGCGACCACCCACAGUUCGAGUGAUGGGAACGACGCAAAAAUCAACGCGGAAGGCAGCGCCACCAACAGCAAUACCACUCAGAAAGCCGUGGCAAAUGCUUCGGAUAGCGGUGCCACCUCCACUUCGUUUGCGCGUGCAUCUCCGCUGUUGCUGCUCACGGCUGCCCUUGCCUGUGCCGCUGCCGCUGGGUAGGUGGUGA